CCAGGCCCAGAUGAUCGACGCGUGCGUCGCCCAUGGCGUCCGGUGCUGGGUUGCCACCACCCUAAAGUGGUGGGUCUUCGGCGUUUUCACCGUUGACUACUCGCGCUGCGUUGUGUCGCCUAUUAUCCGCCGCAACCAGAAAGAAUGCACCGUUCUCCAGUGUCUCGUGACUUGGAUGCGCAUCGCCCUCGAGGCGGAAGAGAGCGACUACUCUACACCAGAGCGCAAGGCUGAGCGCAGGCAACAACGUCACGCCGCCCGCAUCAGCAACGACAACCGUCCACCAUUACAGCGCAUCCCAAUUCACUCCACAAGCUUGCGCACGACCUGCACUACCCGCAAUGCGCCCGAAGGCUCACGGCGAUCGCGGCGCAGAUCCAUACCUCAGCCAGAGAGCCCACGCCCACGCAGCGCCAGUUCCUCAAGAAGCCAGCGGCGCAGAGGCGAGCGCAUGAGAGAGGGGCGCGCCGCAGAUGCCAACGAUCGUGAGCAGUAUCAAGACAGCUGUCACUGCACGCACACGCACACGCACACGCACAUUACUUACGUCAACACACUGUACGUUCAGCCCGUGCAGUUCGUGUCCGCGGUCGUGGCCGUUCCACAAAACCACCCCAGCUUCCCGCCGCAGUGGUGAUGAUAGAUAUGGCGAGCGAGGGAGAUGUUGUUACAUGCCAUGCGGAUACACUAGAAGCCCUUGGGGUUGGUACGCAAUG